ACCGUACACGUAUAGUUCGUGGGAAUCCGAGAUCCGGAAAUACAGGAAAUCAAUCUCCUUCAUGUCCGUGAAUUUCGCCGAGGCGAUAUCCAACGCAGUUUCGGCUGCACCUUGUUCGAAAAAUAUAACGGAGAUCGAUGACGCGUGUAGGGCGUUCGAUUUGCCAACGAGUUUUGGCACCCACUUGCGAUGACGAAUAACUGGUCACGAUACGGUGUCUAUUUUUUUUCUCUUCAAUCAUUUUUACGUUAUCGAUGUUACGUGUUAAUCAGUCGAACGUGGACGGUAGUUUGGAAGGGGAAGUGAGAAUUAUGACGGUGUUGAGGUGCCGGGGAAACCGGUUGACUUGGAGUAUGCCUGUAUAUCUGUUAUAAAUAUCUCGGCGAUUUUGGGGCGUCACCGAUUCGAGGGGUCGACGACCAGCCCGGGGCCUCGUAGACCAUCUUCUUCUUUGGGUCAGUAGUCCCACACGGGGAGUACCUACGCCGCCACGUCGAACCCUGAUCGGAGUCGUGCCUCCGAUUCCCGCUUUUUAUCGUGGGAAGGAAAUUACAAUUGAUCGACGCCGCUGCGCGGGUUCCGUCCAACCGUAGAAUGAAAAUCGAACGAUAUAUUCUGGAUCGGGGGCGGAGAUCCUGUAUCUUGAAUAAUUAAGAUCGAAUACGUCACGACCUGCAUCGUGAAAAACGUCGGGCCAAGUUUACUGGGUCGUUCGAUGCUUCGCUACGUGUUCGGGGUUUUAUUACUUACCGGGCAACCGAUUUACGAGACGAAAACUUAUCCGGAUCGUGUCAGGCACGUCCCGACUUAUAAUUAUACCUUCGUGACACGUAGCGUCGCGACGCCUUCUGUAUAUCACAGUUUUCAGGCAUCGAACUCACCAAAAGAUGUGGUGGGCUUCGCGAUGGCUGCUUUUAGCGGUCACAUUGAUGGCUACCACCCGAGCACUUCCGGUUCCAGAGGAGGAGGUGGACACGUCGACAAAGCUGCUGGGUUCCAGCGUCGUGACCUCUGUUUCUGUGGUGAUGGGUCACGAGGAUGGUAACGAUAAAAACGCGGUCGCCGAUUCAUCGGAGCAGAAGAAAGGAACCGAUUCACUUCCGGCCUCGCCGGUGGAUAUGAUGAAGCCGGAAAGCUUCCAGUUUUACACGGUGGACGACAAGGGGCAGCUAAUCACGCGGCAGAUGACCGAUUCCGAGAUUCAAAGCAUUAUCGCCGCGGGGGGAGGAGCGUUCCCGGCGGAAUCCCAGGACUCUGAAAAGAGUGACAACCUCACAGGGGAAAUGAAGGUGGCCGACGUUGUUCAAAAUGUACAAAAUGUCCUGAAGGAAGAGCUUAGCAAACCAGCUGCAGCCAUGGGAACCGUCCCGACUAUUCCUGGACACGUUAACUCGGAGUGGAGCAGCAUACUACCUUCGAUUUUGGGAGCAGGAGACGCAGAUUCUGCCCCGGUAACUUCCGCACAGUCCGAUGACUCACUUCCGGCAGUUUUUGAAUCGGAACAGAAGAAAAAACCGAGCUCGGUUGUUCCUCAAAUCGUUCCUGAAACACAGACGAACCCUCUUGAACCCUCUAAGCCUGAAAUCGCGAGUCAGCCAGAAACGAUUCUGUUGAUAUCCGGAUCGGAAAUCUCAAAAGAAAGCGUGAAACCGAAUGAUGGGAAUGCAGAAAAUGAACAGAAACCGGAAGUCGUUGUUAAACCUGCGGAAGUCGAGACUGUGGUAUUGGAAAAAUUGAAACCGCUCGAAGUAGAACCAAGCAAUAAAACUGAAGUUGAAUCUGAAACACCGAUUAUGAUUGAGGUGCCCGUCAUUACUGCCGACAGUGUCCACGAAGGGAUUAAAGAGACCGCGAUGACCGAAGAUAAGCCAGUCUACCAAAUACUGAAUACUAUAUCCGCUGACGAACUGAAGAACCAGAAUAGCGCGGUUCCCGAAAAACCAAAGCCCGCCAGUGAGUCUGAAACCAAAGAAUCCGUCGCUGUUGCGGAAGUUGAGGAAAAAAAGAAUCCCGAACAACCAGAGGUCACGAUGACUGACGAUCGGGUGUCCGUACCAUCGGAGACGGUUGAAAAACUGGUAGAAACGAGCAGUGUUUCGAGUGUGGAAGACGCAGAAAAAUCGAAACUUGACGCCGAUAAAAAGGAAGAAGAGAAUCCCCCUGCUCCUUCGAUUUCUCUAGAAGCUCCCGUCGCCCCAGAAAAACCUGCGAAAGAGGAAGAGCCCGCGGUGGUUAGUGAGGAAUCAGCAGUGGAAAUAAAACUCAAAGAACCCUCGGUAGAAUCCACGGACGAUGCUUCGGUGAGCAACCCUGAAGAGCUGCAAACCCCGACUCCCUCAAAGAAUAUUAUCGAAGAUGGAGCCGAUAACGACACUCCCACCUCUCAGUCCACAGGAGCCACUGUUGAGGAAAUUGCGAGCACGAUGCCUUCCGAGAAUAACGAAGAGUUCAAGACCGAAGUGAAACCCGAAGAGGUGCCGAUGAAAAUCGGAAUGGAAACGGAGCUCGAGGAUUCCAAAGAAAAAAUUGUAGAGACUGUAGUGAGCUCUGAUGAUAAAAAACCUGACGCCGAGACCGUGUCGGUCGCGGAACCAGCUUUGCAAAUUAUUUCUGAAGCUACUCCCGAUGAGAGUAGCGCAACGAUUGCACCUGAAGAAUCUGUUUCUGCUUCUCAGAAAAUUGAAACUGAAACUGCAGCAGCAGGAGCUGAAGAGAUGAACAAGCCUUCGGUGGCAGUCGAUUCCACAGGACCGAAGAUCAGCGAAGAUGCCUCAAAUACGCAACCGGAAUUACCUGAGAAAAAACCGAGUGUUUCCGACCCUGAAAUUAAACCAACAGAGGCGACUAUUGGCGAUAAAAAUGAAGCUGCGGUCGUUCCGGGAAAAAAACCUGAGCCCAUCUUGACCGAAUUAGCGGAUUCAGUUUCUAGCAUGAUUUCUCAAGUAUCUGACACACUGCCUGCCAUGGUUCCUAUACCUCAGAAGAGUGAGGUAAACGAACAGCCGGCAAAAAGAGUUGAGGAGGGAACGAAGACCGAGGAAGAAGCUGAUGUGGAAACCGCGAUCAAAACAGAAGUUAUGAACCCUGCCGUACCCGAGGUGACGAAAACUCAAGAGACGGAGGCGCCAGCUGAAAAUGAAUCUGAAAAGAAAAUUGUGAUGCUGGAAAAUACUAAGCCAGCAUCAAGUGACUCAAGUCCCGAAUCCGAGGAGACGAAAGCUGAAAAGCCGUCUGAUGAAUCUGAAAUGAAACUGGAUUCCCUGAAGACCGAAACUCCAGACGCCGUAAAUAAGUUGGAAGAGUCGAAAACUGAAAUUCCGUCCCAAUCAGACGACAACGUGAACAAAAACAAGCCCGAAGUAGUUGCGGUGGAAGUCGAAGAUACCCUGGAAAAACAAGAAGUAGUUCCCGAUGCUGAGCCGCCCAAGCAGGUGAUGCCGAGCGAAGAACAAGCUGAUAAAAUCAAAUCCGACGUCGAAGCACCUAUAGUGAGAAUCGACAUAACUGAGGCGAAACCCACAGACUUAACCACGGAGAUAAAUAAACCUGAAAUCGCCACGGACGAGGCCGGAUCGACGGAAUCAUCGGUUGUCAGAAUUCAGUUGACUAAUCCUGUCGCGACGAUUAACCAAAUGAUGGACGCGGCUCCUGCUCAAGUCCCACCGGUCUCUGUGGAGGAAAUUUCCUUCCCAGAAAACAAAAUAACGUCUUCUUCAGCUGAAAACGUUGGCAGCAGCCUCAUAGCUGGAGAAAAACCAAGCGAAAUUAAAAAUGAAACUGACGCUGCUCCCGUCGAACAGCAGAUAGAUGACGCCGCAGUUGAGAUGUCUUCGGUGGAGAAAGUGGAGAAGGUCCCAGAAAUCGAUGCACCGAAAAUCCCUGAAUCUCACGUUCCAAAUACAAAAGUUGGACAACCAACGGAAACCGCAGAGCCCGGUACUUCUUCACCGAUCGCAGAGUACGCCGAAACUAAAAUUACAAACGUCACUUCUGCCGUCGACGAUGGAAAACCUUUGAUCAGAAUCGAUAUCCCGAUUCCCAGCGUCAAUAUCGAACACCCGAAGGCAACGCCGACGAAAAAUGAAGAGCUCGCCGUAACUGAAAAGAUCGCUGAACCUGUUGUACCCAUUACAGAACCCGUCAAGACUGAGGAAUCAUCUUCCAACGCCGCACCCGCUGCCGAAAUGCAGACUACAGAAAUCAAUUCGAUCCCUACCGAAAAAUCUGACAUUAUUGAAGAUAGUAGCGUAAAACCUUCGAUGGCUGAAGGGGAAAAGAGCGAAGAAAUGCCUGAGGUAAUCUUAACUACAGAAAAUCUUAUCUCUGCCGAUCCAUCCGAUUCAGCCGUUUCAGCUCAGAAAGAUUCUGAAUUGCCUCAAGUUAUUCCGACUGAAAUAAGUGCCGAGCAAUUGCCCGACAAAUUGAUAACUGACGUUCAAAACGCCGAGGCUGCCGGUCCACCUCCUUCGCAGAUCGUAACUCAGACUCCAGAAACAACUCUGAAGGAGACUGAAAAGUUGCCGGAAACCAGCGAUAAAUCACCCGAUAAAAUGGAAGACAGCGAAUCCGCUGCGAUAUCCCAAUCGACGAAGAACGACGAGAACAUAUCUUCGUCGAGCGAAGAGAAACCGGCCGAGGAAGAGUCGUCGCUCUCAGGCGAGCCAAAGCCUGUCGAGGAAAGUAAGGAUGAAAAUUCCGCUCCCGCGACAGAAGAGAUGCCUUCUCCCAAGCCCUCGGCUCCUGUCGUGAGGAUCGACGUUACCCCUGAAAAGAAUGACCCUGAAAUUCUAGCAGCCGUUAUGCCUGUAACCGAUAAUUCUGAGAAGGAGAGUUCAGUUGCUGCUGAUAACGACAAUUAUGCGGAGGUUCCGAUGCCGGAGAUCCUGCCACCAAAAAUAGAGGAUUUCGUUUUGAAAAAACCAGAGAAUUCAGGAACAGGUAUGAUGGCCGUCGAAAACGCGGAGGAAACGCAACCGACUUCGGAAUCACCAGAGAAAAACGAUUCUACGACCCCCAAGGCUGACGCAGGUAAUUCACCUGUUAUUCCGGCAACGGAAUCAUCAACGGCAAAAGUUGAGGAUAAUAUAGCUUCUGAUAUGCAAAAAGUCGAUGUUCAGGAUAUUGAAAAACCUAUGAUAAAAAUUGACACGCCUUUGAAAACCCAGGAGAUUCGAAUACAGGUGAAUGACACAGCUGUACUCGUAACGAAGCAGCCUGUGUCGCAGCAGAACGAUAUUCCUAAAAUCGACGAACCGGCUAAAGAACUUCUGGCCCCUAUUCCGAACUCUCUGAUAAACAAACCCGUGGAAAUUUCCGGUUCAACACCCGAAUCUAAGCCAACUGAUCCAAAGCCCGCGUCAAACGUUGUUUCGGAAUCGAGCCCCAAGCCCAUGAUGCCACCGGAUCAAGAAUUCAUCAAAAAUACGAAUGAUAUCGCGAGCAAACCUUCUGUGGCGGCGAAGGUGGAUCCGGAAAAGAAGAAGCCCGCCGCAGAUCCGUACAUAAAACUCGGAGAAGAGGAUAAAAAGGAAAAACCCGUUGAUUCCCCCAACGCAUCGAAAGCCCCGGUGAACCCCAGUGUGGUUUCCGAAGACAAAUGGACUUUGAUUCCCCAAAAUUCGCCGGCUUCGGUUUUAAAACAGCAGCAUGCUGACCAGAAUAAAAACGACGACGAUUCUCAAAGCGGCUCGUCCGUGACCCUCGAGUCUCACCAGAGCGCCGUCAGCCUCCAAGAGAGUACUCGAAAUCUCGACAAGGACAUCGCGAGCUUCGCAAAACUUUGCAACGAUCUGGCGUUCAGUUUUUGGAUAGCAACGAAUCACGGUCUGAGUACCGCUAGAUCACUGGCGCUUUCUCCGUUCGGCAUGACCAGCAUGCUGGCGAUGGUAUUCCUCGGAGCUCGAGGGCCGACUUCCGGUCAGAUGAACGACAUCCUUGGUCUCGACGACGUCGUGACGUUCAAUCCUCAUUUGGUAUUCCAAAACAUAACCGACAGCGUGAACUUGGCGAGAGGUCAAGGUAUCGCUAACGCAGCUUUCGUGAGAGAGCUAUUCUCCGACCGAGUCAAGGCCGGUAGGAUUUUGCCAUUUUACAAAGAAAGAGCGCAACAAUUUUACGACGGGCACGUCGAGGAGGUGAACUUUGCUACGAUAAGCGAUCUUGUAAGACGUAGGACGAACUUGCUGAUCAGACGUCAGACGGGUGGUCGUAUCCGUGACUUUGUCAAGGGAAAUGUUAUGCCACUCCGAUCCCCUCUGGCCGCACUCUCUGCGAACGUAUUCCAGACGGACUGCACCGGUGCGAGUUCCGACGGUAGAGACGGGGAAAUGUAUUUUGCCGUACUCCCAGCAGUCAGACAAAGAAAACUGGUACCAGUCCCCGCUGCCGUUUGGCGAUCCGGAGUCCUGGCGGGUUACGAGCCAGGAUUGGAUGCAACGGUCAUCUCCCUAGGGGGUGUAGGUGACCUCGUGUCUACCAUCUUCGUCCUUCCAGGUCAGCAAGGUCUGGCAGCACCCGGAGACAGUCUGGAUCACUUGGAGAGGAGACUUCUGGAGGGUGCUUUCGAAAACCAAGCCUGGGAGCGACUCCUGAAAGUUUUGAUUCCGAGGGUGGGACUUGAAGUACAGGUACCAAAGUUCAGUCACAGAUCGGUAAUAAAUGCUACGGCUGCACUCAAGCGGAUGGGACUGGACGAGCUGUUUUCGAGAGACGCAGAUCUCAAGGGCGUAAACGGAGUUGGUAACGAUCUCUUCCUCGCCGACAUGCUUCAGAUAAAUUUAUUCAGCACAUGCGGUGACGAAACGAUAACCGGCGGUCGUCAUCACGUCGAGAUAUACCCCGCGACUCCUCUUCGCGGUGCCCGUGGCGACGCAAACAAACUCCAAGAAGUUCAAGAGGAACAAAUCGAAGAAGGAAAAGUCGAAGAAACUUCCUCCAAUCUCGCAGAUGAUGAUCAUCCGAUAGCCAGGAGAAGCGUCACCGUCGCCGAUUACAUAAACAGUUCCCAAGCUGCCGAAGAAGAGCAACAUUCGCAAGCUGAGGAACGAUCAAUACGUUCUCCAGUCCUUCCGAAGGGUUCGAAUGUCAUGGGAAACAAAGCAAAACAAACCGAGCGACCGCGACUAAAAAUAGACGGACCUUGUUUAUUUUUUGUAAGACACAAUCCAACUGGGAUGAUUUUAAACAUGGGGCGUUUUAAUCCUCGUUUAAUGCCGUAGAAUACGUAGAUUUUAUUCAAAAAAUAAGAUGGAGUUUAGAACUUAUCUGAUGGUAUAGAGAAAUUAUGCGAAACGGAAUGGAAUGAGGCUUGGAGCGGUGUAUAUAAUAUGCGAGAUUCGCAUAAAUACUCUGGGUAAGAAGUCGCGGUUAUGGUACUACUAGAUUUAUUUAUUAAUUGGUAGAGAACUGGGGACGAUUAUUUUCGUGUUCUUUUUUUAUAAAAAUUCUAAUUUUCGUCCUAGUUCUCUACCGAUGUAUACAAUGAUAAUUUGAACAUACAUGCUAUAUGCGUUUCAGACAAGAUCAAAACUUUUUUUCAAUCUUAAUCACGGUCCAAACAACGAGAGGAAAUGACGUCGAAACACUUUCCUUGAAUGUGUUUCAUUUUUAUACAGCUGUAAUUUUUUUUUUUAUUCAAUUUCUUCUCUCGCCUAAACCAGAGACAAUUCAAUAUAUCGAUGGUGAUGAUUAUAUUUGCUUGGACUCUGAUUGACAUUUUUUUUAAAACUAUUUUUCAUCGAAUAUUAUACGUAGGUAUAUGUGUAUACGAAUACCAAUACUUCAUUAUCUAAGUUUACAACUAACAAAUAACAAAAUAAAUAAAUAGAUAAACUAAGUUCAAAUAAUUAACGUCAAUAAUUCAAUACACAGGUAAUACUAUCAAUUUUAACCGCAAAGUAUUAACAUGAUAAACUGAUAAUUAUACAACAAUAUGAUAAUAAUAUGUAUCUCUGUAUUUGUGAGAAUUGUAUAUACAAGAUAUGAGUGAGAUAUAUACGUAGAUGAAUAUAAAUUAACUCGACCAACUUGAAACACCGAAGCAAUCAUAUUCUGAUCUUACGUUAACAAUUAUGAAUCUUGGAUUCGAUCGAAUUUUAACGAAAUAAAAAAAUUAAACCAAUUACCGAAUUGCAUCGCAAUUUAAAAACAAACAACUAAGCGAACGAACACUAAUACAGAAGUGAAACGAUGUAGCACCAUAUCUGCAUUGUUGUCACCAGACAUUGUUAUUAAAAAUAUUUACGAAGAAUUUUCUACCCAAUUUAACUGGGAAAAUAUUUAAAUACUCCAGACACCUAAUGUUAUUGUUUUAUCUAUCCCGGUAAACAAAACAGUAAAACGAACGGAAGAAAAAUAAAAUAAUGGACGGAAUUCUGAAUGAAAACUAAUCAGAUCUUUGUGCAGUGGGCAGGUAGCAUGUAGCAUCGUCAUAGAGAAUCAGCAGCAUCAUACGAUCAAGGUAUUAGUUUUGCUGAAAAGGUGGGGAUUUUAUCGCGGCAAUAUCCUACUGGUAAAGUUUACGCUGCUAGUAUCAUUCGGCCAGGUGACAGAGCCUCUUACGUCUCGAUUCAUGUGACGAAAAAAGUCGAGACAAAAAAAAUAAGAACAAUCGGUUCCAAUAUACGCGGUUGAAAUGUGAACCGUACGAGCACAUUAAUUGUCCUGUACACCUGGCACUCGAUAAUUAAUUAGUUUGCUGCUGAGUAUUUUCUUGCAAUGCAGCACCGGCGUCGGAAUAUGUGUUUUGAAAAUAAGUUAUUUAUCGUUAAAAUUAAACAAAUUACCUGUGCGAGCGUCAUUCGGAUCCAAGAUGAAUUAAGACAUCAGUAGAAAUUAUCGAGAAGAGGAUAGAAUUAAAGUGCAGAAUUUCUUACUUAUAGCAAACUAAAAACUAAAGAUCGGGAAAAAGGGAAAGAAUUCCAUAUUAUCACAUGUCAAAGUAAAGCGGAUAAUGUUGCUGUAUUGGCUGUUAGUGACUGAAGAUAAUCCGUGGCUGUGUCCGAUCACCGUAAAGAGUCUAGCGAUACAUGAUGAUUCACUAUAGUUGCGCAGUAAGAUCGCUGAACAUCAAUAUACGUUGAGAAAAUUAGUCACACCUUUGGAUAAAGCACGGGCAACAUUAAUUGAUGAAUUUCCUCAUUACGUAAACCCUUGCGUGAUGCGAAUACACGUCACUGCGUAUACAUACUCUCGAACAGUGUACGUAGUCUCGAAACGAUUUCGAAUAACUAGUUUUUAAUAUUACGGGUAAGUUAUGAAAAAUCACUUUAGAAGCCAGUGAUUUCAUAGUAAUCGGUAAAACGUAAAAAAAUCCAUAGUGUACGUACGCAAUUAUGUCAUAGAACCGAAAAUAAUAUAUUUUCUUAACUUCGUAAAAAAAGAAACAGUGUAAUAUCAGAUUCUCUGAUUAAUGAUGAUUAUAUUAUUAAGGCCAAAUUACCAGAAUGGGUUGAAAGAAAAAGUUUGAAAUUCUUUUUUCAUAAAUCGAUAAUGUAUUUAAUAAUCAUCGAAGCUUUUUUUUUUUUUGCUUUUCUUCAUCCAUGAACUUGUUACACAGUGCAGCAGCUCUCACGAGUAUCAAAUAAUCUUAAAUGAAUUUAGAGUAAAUAUUAUUAUUAUUUAUAAUUUCA